AUGUCUAUCGAGAUUGAACCUCAUGAGCUGGGGUUUCGCCUAGGGCCACUCACAACCGAGGUAGCGCAAGUCCUCAAGAUCAUAAAUCCCAAUCAAACCUCUGUUGCAUUUAAGGUCAAGACCACGGCGCCUAAGCAAUACUGUGUACGUCCGAAUUCCGGGAAGAUCGAGCCGGGAAAGAAUGUCGAAGUGAUAGUUACUCUACAAGCUAUGUCUGAAGAUCCGCCUCUGGAUGUAAAAUGUCGAGAUAAGUUUCUCGUUCAAUCUAUUGCUAUCGCAGCACAAGGUGAAGAUUCUUUUGAAUGGCCUUCAAACCAAGCUUCAAAAACCGCUAUAGAAGAAAAAAAAAUCAGAGUAGUUUAUUUACCUCGAGCAGAUUCUACCUCAAAAACAAAGUCUGCAGUCACUCCAUCAAAGAUCGCUGCGAACAGCUCAAGUCCUGACUCCAGCGCAUAUACAGAAAAGCGCUCACCUUCACCUGAAGCUGCUCAUACGCCCGAGACCCGGAAUGGCAAUCAUCAAUUUUCUGCAGGUCAAAGUCCAUCCGAAAUGAAACCUUUCACAACGCCAUUACCGAAUUCAGAAGAUACGAGAGCAAAACCAUCAAAAUCAGAAGGUCUCACUACCGGUUAUGCUCAAGAUUUGAACACGCGGCUGCGCAACUCGUCAAAGGAAAAGACAGUUGAUCACUCAGGGUUGGAAACCGUACACCAAGUACCACAAGUUCAUCAAGGCGUGCCAUUACAUAUAGUGGCAGCAUUAUGCUUGACGAGCUUUCUUCUUGCCUACAUCCUGUUUUGA